ACUCUGAAUGACAGUCUUGUGAUGAAGUCGAGAUAGCUUCUACAAGGCAAAAUUUUGGUUCAUGUUCAAACACAUGAUGGUCAUGUGAUGAAGCUCUAUCUAUGGGACAAGGCUGCCACUGACCUCUGUGAGAAGUUUAAGGCACAUGAAAACACUCCGAGUGUUAUUAUGGUGACCACUGUCAACCCGAAACGAUUUGGAGGCGCGCUAGCUCUAUCCUUUAUGUCAUCUUCGCGUGUGUUCUUUGACAUGGAUGUUCAACCAACCAGGGAUUAUCUGACUUAGUAAUUAUUUCUUAGUUGCAUAAGCAUUUGGAAGCUUUGACUUACAUAAUUUUUGGGGAACCUUUACUUCAGGUUGAGCUCAAAAUCGGAUGUUGCUAACAUGGUUAAUGCCGAAAUUGUCACCAAGGCUGAGAUAGUUACUAUAGGAGAACUAUUCUCCUACAUCAAGAAAGAAGGAGCAAAGGUUGCUUGGUUUGAGUGCACAGCCACCAUUGAUGAUGUUGUGCAUGGUUCUGCGUGGUAUUAUAUCGCCUAUGGUGGGUGCAAAACUAAGGCAACCAAAGGGCCUACCACGCUUAUGUGUAAGAAAUGUGGGAAAGCUGAAGUUGCUGGUGUUGCAGAGUGUCUCACGAAGCUCUCUGUAUAUGAUAACAAUGAUCAAGCGUUUUUUGUGCUUCUUAGUGACGCUGGGCGUGAGUUGACUGGGAAGCCAGCAUCGAAAUUGGUUGAGAGCUACUUUGAGGCCAAUGAGAACGUAGGAGAUGAUCAUGUGAUCCCGGUGCCACAAGCUCUGAUUGGUACCAUUGGACAAACUCACAAGUUCAAUGUCAAGGUUUCAAAACACAAUUUGGAAGGCACGACCCAAGCUUUGACUGUCACAAAGAUGGGUAAUCACGAGGAUGGUCCUUCCAUUGAGAAUGAGGAAGCUGCAGAUGAAGUGGGAAAAAUGAGUUCUGAUGGGAUUGAGUCAGGAGAAGCUAAGCGUGCCAAAUGUGGUGAAUAUGUUUUAAGUACUGGUUUUGGUUUAUUGAAAGACUAUGCUUUGUUUCAUUGGCUAAUAAGUUUUAAGAACUGA